ACACGAGCUGCAAAAAUGUUCUCAUGUUGUCGUGCAACUUCAAAAACUGCCAAAAAGGAUAAGGACAAGGAUAAACAGUGUAAAAACGAUGCGAACGUAACAAACGAACAGCUGCCCACAGAUACAGCUAACGAACAGGUCACCCAGGAGGAGGUCAAAGCAAAUGGUCAGGUAUCAAAGCCUGAGCAACAAGCCGAAACUCAACCUCAACCUCAACCAGAAUCAAAACCAGCGCCAGAACCAAAGCCAGAACCUGAAACCCAAACCGAACUAGCUGCCGAAACCGAACAGGACUCUGUUCAUAUUGAGCCCCCAACUGCCCUUGAAGUAGAAGCUAUCAGCGCUGUUUCGUCGUCGCCAGUGCAGCGUUCGACGCACUCAUCCACAUCAACCGCUCCGCCCGCAUCGAUGACCAGCGCCACAGAGGAUGAGCCAACGUCAAUUGCAAUGCCACAACGGCAACAGCAGCAGCAGCCGGUUUAUGAGCCACAACCAGCCAAUUCGCACCCCACAAAGAGCUGCCUCUCACGUCACAAUUCGACGCAUCAGUCAAUCAAGAAGAAGGUGAACAUAAGCAAUCGAGCCGAGAUCAUUGAGCCAGAUCCAUUGAACACAUCGCUGCUGAUUCAUGCCAAUCACAACAACAACAACAACAGCUCGCUGGUCGAUGAUGAUGACGUGUUCUCCGACUCGCUGCCGCCGCCCAAGCGGGAGAGCAUGUGUGCUCCGUACAUAGAGGGUGAACUGCUGCCGGAGACGCUGGCCUUUGCCCACGGACUGCCCGCCUGGUUCGACGAUGAGCGAUUGAAUGAGAUCGGCUGCAUUGAGCCACCUGUGACACCCGUGGGCCGGGAUGAGCUGGAGCUGAAACGUCAGCGUCUCUACACGGAACUUCUGCGCGCCGCACACGCAGCCGUGGAGCAUAGCGUGGCCGUGCAUAACAACGAGUCGGAAUCGAAGCCCACGGCUGCCGUUGAGCAUUUGGAAAGGAUUUGCGAACGUUUGGAAACUUUAGUGGAUCGGCUGGAGCAUACGCUGAUAGUGCCACAGCCACAGUCAGAGGUAAUAAACAAAGCAGUGUCGGAGCCAGCACCACUCACACCUGCAUCAUCACCAACGCCGCCACCGCCACCGCCACCCCCAGCUCUUACGCCAACACCAACAACAACACACAGCAACAACAUGAGUGUAGCCGGCUAUGAGGAUAUUCUCGCCGGGCCAUGCAGCGAGUAUUUGGCACUAUCCGCCAAAAUCGGCGGCGAUGUGGCUCAGCAAGCGCAAAUUGUGAAGGCUGCAUUUGACGCCCAGUUGCAUUAUGUGACGCUGGCCACGCAGAUUGCUAAGCCGGCGCAGGCGAAGCAAAUGGAAUUGCUGCAGCCAACAUCGACGCAAAUCAGCGCCAUCCAAGAUUUCCGUGAAAAGCAUCGCACCUCGGCGUUCUUCAAUCAUUUGUCGGCCAUUAGCGAGAGUAUACCCGCCCUGGGCUGGGUGUGCACGUCAUCGAUGCCCGGUCCCUAUGUGAAGGAGAUGAAGGACGCCGGUCAAUUCUAUACGAACCGUGUGCUUAAGGAGUGGAAGGAGAAGGAUGACAAGCAUGUGGAAUGGGCACGCGCCUGGAUUCAAACCCUAACUGAUAUGCAGGCCUACAUUAAGCAGUAUCAUACCACGGGUCUGGUGUGGUCUGGUAAGGGUGCAGCACCCGCUGGUGGUGCACCACCACCGCCACCACCCGGCGGUAUGCCCCCACCACCACCUCCACUAGAUCUGAAUGCCUUGAAGCUGGACAGCGCGGGCGAUGAUCGCAGCGCGCUCUUUGCGCAGAUCAAUCAAGGCGCUGACAUAACCAAGAACUUGAAGAAGGUAACCGGCGACAUGCAAACCCACAAGAAUGCAUCGCUGCGCACUGGUCCUGCGCCUUUCAAGACGCCCGCCAACACCAGCGCCCCAGUUGCCCGUAGCACUGCGCCCGUUAAGGAGCCUGUCUUCACGCGCGAUGGCAAAAAGUGGCUAAUUGAGUAUCAGAAGAACAUCGCUGGUCUAGUUGUUGACAAUGCCGAAAUGAACAAUGUGGUGUACAUGUUCCGCUGCGAGGGCUCUACCCUCACUGUCAAGGGCAAGGUCAAUAACAUUGUCCUAGACUCGUGCAAAAAGUGUUCGCUGCUUUUCGAUUCGGUGGUUGCCUCCGUUGAAUUUGUCAACUGCCAGAGCGUUCAGAUGCAGGUGUUGGGCUCGGUGCCAACGGUGUCGAUCGAUAAGACCGACGGCUGUCAAAUGUAUUUGUCCAAGGAUUCGCUGGGCGUUGAAAUUGUCAGCUCCAAGUCAUCCGAGAUGAAUAUACUCUUGCCGGAGGCAAAUGGCGAUUAUACCGAACUGGCUUUGCCGGAGCAGUACAAGACCUUCAUCAAUGGCAAAACCCUCAAGACUGUGUGCGUCGACAGCCUGGGCUAAAGCCUUGGCAUGUACAUCAGGGAUCCCGAGGGCGUCGUUGAUUGCUUUUUAAAUAAAAAAAUAUAUAUAUGACAAGACACCUCCCUAUCCCCUUAAAAAGCCGCAUUCAACUAAUUGCAAGUGGAUUGCAGCAAAGCUAAACAAUCUAAUUUUAAGAACAGAGUUUUCGUAUUUGUGUAUUUAUCAUUUAUAUUUUGUAACGUACGAGAAUUUAGAAAAUUGUUGCCAAAUCUGCUGCUAUCGUGAAAAAAGUGGGGCAAAAACAAAAAGUAUUCACAAAAAAACAGAUCAGAAAAAAUAAAAACAAUAAAUUUAUAUAUAUUUAUUUUAUACUGCAAGAAAGCAAUGCGACGUUAACCGAGCGAGAAUCCAAACUGUAUUUAUAUAUUAACUACAAAUGUAAUGAGAAUAAUGCACGCAACUUUGUCAACAUUUUUAUGCAGACUUUUCAUUCAAUUAUAAAAUUAAUCAUUUUUUGCACAUUGAACAUGUAAGCGAGACACCAGAGUCAACAGUGAAAAUCGAGCAAAAAUAAG